AUGAGCGCCCCUUCAUCCUUGUUCUUCGAGCUCUGGGCGAUCCUUCGCGGUCUGCGCCGGGGUGAAGACGAAAUCUCUGGGUCAGGGAUACGUCCCUUGUCUGACUUGUACAUUCUAUGGAACCCAGACCAGAAGACUGACGCCUUUGUUACAGCUCUAUGUUCUGCUGGUCCUUUGGUCACCUCCACCUAUAAUCACCCGUCCGUCGGAAACGAAAUAUCUCUGCCACUCAUCGCCAAAGAAGCCGCGUUGGUCGUCCCUGCGUUCAACGAGACCGAGCGCCUCCCUGUCAUGCUCGCCGCAGCCAUCGACCACCUCUCUUCGCCUGCGCUGAAAAACAGCAUACAUUCGAAAUUGUCAUUGUCGAUGACGGGUCGUCAGACGUCAAACUGGAGAAGACCUCGGGAAAGGGGUGCUGUGCGCCACGGGAUGUUGUUCAGUGGCGGGAGACGCAUGCUCAUGGUCGAUGCGGACGGUGCCAGUCGGUUCGUUGAUCUGGAGCUAUUAUGGGAUGCCAUGGACAAAAUUGCACCCGGUGAUGGCUGGCAUGGUCGUGGAAGCAGAGCUCAUCUGGUCAAGACAGAGGCUGUAGUCAAGCGGUCCCUGUUACGGAACAUCCUCAUGUACGGCUUACAUACGAUCCUUCGAAUCGUCGGGGUUGGGCACAUUCGCGAUACGCAAUGCGGUUUCAAGCUGUUUUCGCGUGCAGCAGCCCGUCGGAUCUUCCCCGCCCAGCGACUGCCGACCUGGAUAUUCGAUGUGGAGCUCCUGUUGCUGGCGAAACAAGUGGGGAUUCCUGUCGCGGAGGUGCCGAUUGAGUGGCACGAAGUUGAGGGCAGCAAGUUGAACGUGGUGACGGCGUCAUUGCAGAUGCUGAGGGAUCUGCUUAUCGUCCGUGCCAACCAUGUUCUUGGACGAUGGAAAGCCGUUGGCCCAGAACCAAGCUGCCGAAACCGUAGCAGGUCUUUACAUGAUCGCCGUCAGUGUAAUGCAUAGUUGUAAGUAUCUAAUCCUAGCCUCGGAUCUCGAUAUUAGCUCGGAGCGCCGAUCGAUUACCUAAGGCGCUUCCCACCUCCGUCCCACCGCUCUGGCGCAGGUUGUGUUCGUGCGCUUUCAUGUACUGAUGGUGACUACUUAUGGCCAAACCUCAUCCCAGGAUCCGGGAAGAUGGCCAAAAUUUUUAUUCAUUGAGUGACCGGCCUGCCAAGCACGGCCCCCCGGCUUGCUGAUCGCAGCUCCGCGCAUAAAGGGCGAUGACCCGUUAUAACUAAGAGGGCACCGCCGAAUCAUGGCACUGCAUCUACCAGGUCCCCCCGCGCUCUGUAUUUACGUCC